AUGGUAAACCAUGCAAUUGGAAAAACAAGACACGGUACUCCUCAACGACAUUAUUGGUCUCGGUAUUUGCAUUCAAAAAAGAGACUUUUAGAUCAAAGCAAAGGAUUGGGAGUGAAAUCCACUCUCAAACCCAUGGAUCUUGAAAAGCAAUUCACUACUCUCACUCAUCUUCUCUAUGAUACCAAAGUGAAGGAAAAGGAUUUGGAAGAACAUACCUAUUCCUUAUUUCAUGAGGAUAUUACUUUCACAGAUCCAUGGCAAACCAUUACAGGUAAACAACCAUUCAUUACCCAAUUGAAAGGAUUUCAUGCAGCCAUCUUUUUCGAUUUUAAGAUUGAGCAAAUAGCAGUUCAAAUGAGUGAGAAUGAACAAGGGGGUAGAGUUCUCAUUGACGGAUGGAUGAAUUUGAAUCAAUUUAGAUGGAUCACUGGUACUUAUCCAUUAAGAACCAUUCUUGUGUAUGAUUUUGUCAUGACUGGAGAUGGUUCCAAAUUCCUGAUCACUGACCUUGAAGAAAUGUGGAGUUUGGCUGACAUGAUUGAGCAAGCACCCUUCAUUGGAUGGUUUUAUCACUUCUUUAGAUAUGGGGCUGGAAUGUUCUUUACAGUGUUCUUUAUGAUGUGUAGUUUAUUGGUUGGUUGGUAUCACACUCUUUGUGGAGGUGAAGGUGGAAUUGAGAACAAGUUGAGUAGUGCAUGCUCUACCUGUAGUGGAUUAGUACAAAAGAUUCAAAAGGUCACUGCUUCUUAUUGUCCUUCGUCCUCUGCAUCAUCGACUGGAGACAGUAGUAGCAAGGAAACAACAAGUGGGACUAUUCAGAGUAGCACCAAGAAAUGA